AUGAGUUACAUAUACUAUCCGAUCACAGGUAUUAAGGACGGCCGGGGUGCUAAUGAUGCUGUUCCAGUACGGCGCGAACUCAAAGAAUGGACUGAAAGCAAAGACCCCAAGGAUAGAAGCCAGGUCAUUUUGUUCAUUCUGGCCUUGAAACGUUUCCAGGCUGUACCACCUGAGUCUCGAGAUUCGUACUUUCAAAUCGCUGGCAUUCAUGGCAUGCCAUAUACGAACUGGGAUGAGCCUUCGUUGACACUUGACGAAGCAGGACAGAAAGGCUAUUGUGUACAUGCCAAUGCUCUGUUUCCGCCAUUUCAUCGACCGUAUCUCUUGCUAUACGAACAGCGCAUCCACGAAAUCAUGGUAAAGGAAAUCAUCCCUGAGCAACCGAAACAUCGGCAAGCAGAAUGGACUGAGCUCGCCAACACCUGGCGACUUCCACAUUGGGACUGGGCAAAGAACCCACAGGUGCCAAGUUUGCUGUGUUGGCCGACGGUCACACUGACCCUAGGUAACGACCAGCCGCUGAAGAUCAAGAACCCCCUCUAUAGUUUCAGGAUGCCCAAUGAUAAAAAGAUGGGUGAAUAUGGGGUGGGUAGACUGAAGAACCCGGAUGGAGAAGAUUACCUGGAAUUCGGCGAAUGCUUUGCGACCAAUCGUUGUCCUAUUGGAGAGGAGGAGCGGCAACCCGAUAGCGAUUUCUGGCGGAAUGGAGGAGCUCAUCACGAUGUGGCGAACAAGUUCCUAAAGGAAGCUAACUCGAUUACUGGCUUCGAUUACGGAACCGCGUCCGAAAUGGUAUAUCGACUGCUGACUUACCCGUUGGACUUCGAAACAUUCGGAACAUUGGCCCGGGAUGCCACAUUGGGCUCCAAUAGCGAGUCAAGCGUGGUGAACGAUAUGAACCUGGAGUUUAUCCACAACAAUGUUCACUAUUGGGUUGGGGGAGACGGUGGGCAUAUGAGUCAGAUUCCAGUUGCUGCAUUCGAUCCAUUAUUUUGGUUCCACCAUUGCAACAUCGAUCGUCUCUUCGCGCUCUGGCAAACACUGAACCCGGACAAAUGGCUCCGCGUAGACAUACAGAAACCGUUCCCCUACAAAACCAUAGGAAUGGGCGACAUCGUGACCGACAAGACUCCUAUGCGACCCUUCCACAAAGAUGAAACAGGUACUGUCUGGAUGCCUUCUGACGCCCGUGACUGGUAUAAGCUCGGAUACACCUAUCCUGAACUUCAGCCCUGGAAUGUAAAACCAGGAGCGGAUAUGAGGACGGAGCUUCUCGAACAGGUGACGGAGGCCUACGGCAUAAAUAGGAAGCAGGCCCUUGCAAUGGCUCAAAACCCACAAGAUGUCCCAGGAUCCGUAGAAAUCAACGACAAGAAUCCCGAGUGGAACAAGGAUGCGGCAAGUGUCGCAAUGAACGACUAUGCGCUUAGCAUUAAGUACUCAAAGUUCGCCAUGGGUGGACAGCCGUUCAACGUGGAAGUGUACCUCAAACGUGAGGGUCAAGUAGAAGAGACGUUCAGCAAGGAGGACUACGUUACCAACGUGUACAACUUCAGCCAGCCGGCCGAGCAAGACGGCCAGGAGGUCUGUUCGAACUGCGCUGAGGGGCAGGCGAACGAUGUGCAAGUGACGGCCUACAUACCAAUAUCAUCAUACAUCAUCAGCCAAAUCAAGUUAAGUCAGCUGAGCAGCAUGACUCCGACGACGGUAGAAAAGUUUCUCGCUGGGAUGUAUUACAGAAUCGUUGGUCCCAGCGGUCAGAUUGUCGAAGAGCGCCGAUGGCGCGAAAGCCUGGGUCUCAAGGUAGGCGUGUCCCAUACUCAGAUGACGUACUCCGAAGACCCAACUGUGACACCGGAUUUCGACGACCCCAAGCUGAUACCUUCACUUGGCACUGGUAACGAAACGCCAACGGCCAGCAUUCGCGGCGUUACCGCCAUCAACUUGCCCGUGUACGGAAUCACGCAGCUCAGCAAGACAGUCUCCAACGGUGGCACCAUCACAUUCAAAUCGCCGACUGUCAACCUUGCCCAGCCUCGUCGCGAGACCAUUCGUACUUGCGUUUCCCUGCUGUCUUUUCCGGAUGGCACAAGCAGCGCGGAUAUCCACUCGGAAGAAUCUUACGAUGUGCUGCUCAGCAUAAUGCUGCUGCCCAAACGCCGCGUCAUCCAGUGCAAUAGCAAACCAGCGCACCGCGGAUUCCAGCAUGACACGGAAAUCAAGCCCAGCCAGUGGUUCAAGGCAGAAGAUGCGGUACUAAGGGUUGACGUGAAAGAAUCCCAGUGGACUAUCUGGGUUGAUGGGCAAUUGGUACAGAGUGUGGACAAAGGCAUCCUAGGGAAGGCUAUCACGCAUGUGCAUUACAAGACUGCACCGGACGGCGAGGCACCAAUUUUUGCGAGGGAUAUUGUAGGAACAAUAUUUGAGCAGACCGAGUUGGUACCGAAUUCUUGA